UCUCUAACACACACCUUUGUUUUAGCCUCCUCUGUCUACAGCACUUUUGGAACACUUAAGCUCAACAUAUACGUGUCUCCCAACAUCUGUACUGGUGCAGUCAUCGGGAGGAUAAACGUUUCAUGCAAACUGCACUAUCUAGAAGAAGGAGGGUUUUAUGCUGUGUUCAGUAUUUAGGCACUAAUCGUCGGGGGUUAUGUACGUACAUCUGGAUUGACUAGGGGGAGACUCUAAGCUUAGCCAGAUCAUAUUAAGAUGGUGAAACGAAAAUUAGACAAUCGUAUUCGAAUUCUCAUUGAAAAUGGAGCUGCACUCGGACACAGGACCCUUGUGGUGUUGGUGGGAGACAAGAGUCGUGACCAGGUUGUGUUUUUGCAUCACAUGCUCUCCAAGUCAAACCUAAAGCAGGCUAAUGUUCUCUGGUGCUACAAGAAAGAGCUGACUUUCUCCUCCCACCGGAGAAAGAGAAUAAAGCAGCUGAAAGCCAGAAUGAGAGCUGGUCAGGCAGAGAUGAAUGAGGACGAUCCUUUUGAAAUGUUUGUGUCUAUGACUGACAUCAGAUACUGCUUCUACAAGGAAACUCACAAGAUACUUGGAAACACUUACAAGAUGUGUGUACUACAGGACUUUGAAGCCCUGACUCCCAACAUCUUGUGCCGCACCAUGGAAACUGUGGAAGGAGGUGGAGUCAUUGUGAUUCUCCUUCAGACUAUGACUUCGCUGCGGCAGCUGUAUGCACUCAGCAUGGAUGUUCACUCUCGGUACCGCACGGAGGCUCACCAGUAUGUUGUACCCAGGUUCAAUGAAAGAUUCAUCCUGUCAUUGGCUUCCUGCCCUACGUGCAUUGUAAUGGAUGAUCAGCUACGUAUCCUACCAGUCUCGUCUCAUUUGCGAGACCUGCAACCUGUACCUCCAGUGUCUGCUCAUUCCCCACUCUCUCCGCAAGACCAAGAACUCAAGGAUCUUAAAGAGUCACUUAAGGAUAACCCUCCAGUUGGACUGUUGGUGGAUCUGUGUAAAACACUAGAUCAGGCUAAAUCUGUGCUACAGUUUAUUGUGGCCAUCACAGAGAAAACACUGAGAACUACAGUGACACUGACUGCUAGCAGAGGGCGAGGAAAGUCCGCAGCACUAGGGUUAUCAAUAGCUGGUGCCAUUGCUUUUGGCUAUUCCAACAUCUUUGUUUCUUCUCCAAGCCCUGAGAACCUGAACACCCUCUUUGAGUUUGUUCUGAAAGGUUUAAAUAUAAUGGGUUAUGAAGAACACAUGAAUUAUCAGGUUCUGCGUUCAUCGGACCCACAGUUCAGCAAGUGUGUGAUGAGGGUGGUGGUGACUCGUGACAGGCAGCAAGUAGUCCAGUACAUUACUCCUAAUGAGAGCAGCAGUCUUGGCCAAGCUGAGCUGGUAGUUAUUGAUGAAGCCGCUGCCAUUCCCCUUCCACUGGUUCGCAAACUGUUGGGGCCAUACCUGGUGUUCUUGUCAUCUACUGUGUCUGGCUAUGAAGGCACUGGCAGAUCCCUCUCUCUCAAGUUGAUUGAUCAGCUCCGAAAUCAGGCCAAAGGCACAGCUACACAAGAUAAUUCUGCUGAGAAAAAGACUCCUACAGCAGAGCUGGGUAGAGUUUUGCAUGAGGUCACCUUAGACGAGUCGAUUCGAUAUAAGAUGGGUGAUCCAGUUGAAUCUUGGCUACAUCAGCUGCUGUGCCUCGAGGCCUCCCUCUCUACCCUCCCCACCAACCCACCGCCAGCUAACCAAUGUCAGCUGUUUUAUGUCAACAGAGAUACGCUUUUUGGCUACCAUAAGGUAUCAGAGAAAUUUUUAAAGCAAGUGAUGGGGCUGCUAGUGUCCUCCCACUACCGUAACACACCAGACGACUUACAGAUACUGUCUGACGCUCCAGCACACCACCUCUACGUGUUGCUCCCUCCACAAGCUGAAACAAAGGGGGAAUCCCUGCCCUUAGUUCUUUGCGUUGUUCAGGUAGCACUGGAAGGCAAGAUCUCCAAAUCUUCAGUGGUGUCUGCACUUGCUCAAGGAGAGAAGCCUGCAGGUGACCUGAUUCCAUGGACAGUUAGUAAUCAGUUCCAGAACUAUGACUUCCCUCAGCUCUCUGGAGCCCGGAUUGUUCGCAUUGCUACCCAUCCGAACAUGCAGGGGCAAGGAUAUGGGAGCCGAGCAUUAUCUCAGCUUAAUGACUACUAUGCUCAAGCAGCAGUCCAUGCAGACUACAUGGACACCCCAACACCAGAUGCCAAGCUUCCAAAUUUAAUACAAGAGGACCAGGUUGGCUUGUUGGAGGAGAAACUUGGGCCAAAUGGACAUCUGUUACCCCUACUGCAGUCUUUGUCAGAGCGACCAGCUGAGGCCCUCCACUACUUGGGUGUGUCUUACGGUGCCACUCAGCAACUCCUUACGUUCUGGAAACGUGCAGGCUUCUCUCCAGUGUACCUCAGCCAGGUGUCUAACAGCAUCACAGGAGAACACACUGUGAUCAUGCUGAAAGUUUUAGGGGAGGAGAAAGCGGAUCGAACAAAAUCUUGGCUGGCUGAUCUCUGGUUCGAUUUUAGAAAGAGACUUGUUACUCUCUUAGGCUGUGCUUUUAAGAGUUACGAUUGUAAAUUUGCCUUGAAUAUCCUUACCAACAACAUCUAUAAGAAUGCAAUAGAAGUGCCAAGCUUGUUCGAGUUGGAUUUGCACCUUACAUCCGGAGAUAUAGACCGAUUAGAUGGGUUUGUGCGGCACCAGUGUGAGGCUCCGCUCAUUGCUGAUCUUGUUCCCGCACUUGCUCGCCUCUACUUUCUCAAGAAGAUACCCGAUUUUAAGUUAAAACCUUUGCAAGCUGCUAUCCUGUGUGGGGUUGGAAUCCAAAGAAAGCCUGUUCAGACCAUUGCUGCUGAGCUCGGCGUGGACCACGGCAUUGUUUUGAGCCAGAUGCACAGCUUCAUUUCUGAUCUUACGAAGCAGAUGAAAAGAGUACAGCAGAUGGCCAAAAAGAGAAGCCUUGAGAAUACUGAGGAAGACUUUGGAGUGGAUCACAGCAUUAUGAAAGACCUUACUUUUAGCAUGAAGGAUAGUGCUCAGAAAAUGAAGGCUCGUGAAGCAGGGGACAGAGAGAAGGUGACCCAACUUCUUGAUGUUACUCAGUUUGGGAUUAAGACAAAAGAGCAAGAGACCAAGGUUCUGAUUGACAGUAAGAAGGCCAAGAAAUUCUUAAAGGGAGAGAAAAAGAAGAAACUGAAACUUGUUUGAAUAAUUAGUUUGAUAUGUAUAUAUAUAUAUAUACCCUGUAUGUAUAUCAAAUAUAUAUAACAUAUAAUAAAGUUGACUUAUUAUUUUAA